AUGCUGAGCCUCUAUCCUCACAGAGCCGUUGACAAGUGCGAAGAGAUGGUCAAAGACGUCUACUCCAACCUGGGCUUGGAGUACCGCGAGACGGACUCUGAUGAGGACGAUGCCUCUUCCAAACCGAUGGAAGUGAUUGAAAUCCCCGAUGAAGAUGAUGAUGUCAUGAGCGUUGAUUCUGGGGAUGCAAGUAGCAAAAUGGCAAAGGAUCAGUCCUUGCUCCGAGAAGCCAUGGCGGCCAUGAGGAAGUCGGCUCAAGAUGUGCAGAAGUUUAUGGACGCCGUGAACAAAAAGACCGGCAGCCAAGACUCUCUAAGAUUCCAGGAAGUGAGCCCCGGGUGCGAAAUUACCCAAGACGGAGACCUGGUGGUAGGCGACCGUAUCCUGGGAAAGAAGCGGACCAAGACGUGGCACAAGGGGACGCUGAUCGCUAUGCAAACCGUGGGGGCCGGGAAGAAGUACAAAGUGAAGUUUGACAACAAGGGGAAAAGCUUGCUGUCGGGCAACCACAUCGCGUACGACUAUCACCCGUCGGCCGAGGGCCUGCAAGUCGGGAGCCGAGUGGUGGCGAAAUACAAGGACGCGAAUCAGAUGUGGCUGUACGCCGGCAUUGUGGCCGAGACGCCGAACAUCAAGAACAAAAUGAGGUUCCUGAUCUUCUUUGAUGACGGUUAUGCCUCUUACGUCGUCCAGUCAGAGCUCUACUUGAUCUGCCGGCCGCAGGAGCACGGCUGCUCUUCACAAAAUGUGUAUGAGAACGUGGCUGGCCUAGCAUCCUUUUCCCCAGAGCACCAACUGGAUAGUCCCGACGGGUUCACAAACAGGGGCCCAGGGGCCAAGAAAAAAAUCCUGACGGACGAUUUUGCGGAUAAGGAGGGCCUGGAAAUGGGGGACGAGUAUUUUGCCAAUCUGGACCACAUCGAGAGCGUGGAGAACUCGAAGGAGGGCUACGAGAGCGAGGCCAAGUGCUCCUCGGACAGCAGCGGCGUCAACCUGAAGGAGGACGACGAUGACAACUCGGGCUCCGAGGAGGCUGAGGAGUCCAACGAGGACAGUUCCGACGACAACUUCUGCAAAGACGAGGACUUCAGCACGAGCUCUGUGUGGCGCAGCUACGCCACCCGCCGCCAGACGCGGGGCCAGAAGGAGAACGGCUUGUCGGAGACGGCCUCCAAGGACUCCGACCUGGCCAGGCAGGUCAGUCACGAAGAGGCCGCCCCAUGCAAGCCUCCGCUCUCAGAAGAGACUUCCAAGAACAAGGUGGCUUCCUGGCUGAGCUCCACCCUGCCCGACAGCUACCAGGAUGACAGCAGGUCCUCGUUCCGGAUCCACGAGGCGAUCGAAGCCAAGGCGAGCAAAGUGGAAGGGGCAGACACCGAGAAGGCCUUGACUGUCGGACCCGCACUCAAGGAAGAGUUUGGGCUAGAUGCCGACAUGAAAGUGAAGAAGAAAGAGGAACCUGAGGAUCACAGCAGAUCAGCACCUGUGAGCAGUUCAAGCAGGGUGUAUGGCUACAACCCGAACCCAGUGAUACCAGAAGGGAUCCGGAGGCCAGUCAGCAAAACUGCCAUGCAUCAAAACCGAAGGCAGAUGGAGACACAUCAGCAGAGCCCUGCAGAUGACGUGCUGAUGCUCUCGAGCAGCACCGACAGCGACGGAGACAACGGGCAAGGCACCUCAGGGCAAGCGCAGGGCAACGCGAACGACAGCGACGACAUCCAGACCAUUUCCUCCGGGUCGGAGGAAGAACACGGGGCCGAUGGGAAAAAGAACAUGUCUUCUGGGCUCGGGCCCGUGAAGAGGCAAGUGGCUGUAAAGUCCACUCGGGGCUUCGCCUUGAAGUCGACCCACGGCAUCGCCAUCAAGUCGACCAACCUGGCGUCGGGGGAGAACUUCCUCAUCCGGAGGAGCACGCGGCAGUUCUACGACGGCGAGGAGUCUUGUUACAUCAUCGAUGCCAAACUUGAGGGCAAUCUUGGGCGCUACCUUAACCAUAGCUGCAGCCCUAACCUCUUUGUCCAGAACGUCUUCGUGGACACGCAUGAUCUCCGUUUCCCGUGGGUGGCUUUCUUCGCGAGCAAGCGGAUCCGAGCUGGGUCGGAGCUCACGUGGGAUUAUAACUACGAAGUGGGCAGCGUGGAAGGGAAGGAGCUCCUGUGUUGUUGUGGAGCUAUCGAAUGCCGCGGGCGCUUGCUGUAAAGAGGAACGAGGUUUCCUUGCUCUCAUCCGCUUUCCCCAUGCCUCCCCCCCUCUUCAGAACCCACAGUUCUUGUUUGCAUUUUGCUGUUGGUUGUACCGAUGUCACAUGUUGCAAAAGCGCCUCCGUUUAUGUUGUUGCUUUGAUGUUUUCCUUGUUUUUUGUUCAUGUAAUAAAAUGUCGCUCUUUAUUAAA